AUUGUAUUCUCCUCUUCCCCUAGAUUCAACGACAAACACUAUGACGGCAGUGCUCGUGAUAAUUAUCCAUGUGCCGCUAAACUUCCGUUAAAAAGCAACAAUACCUUAAACCGUUAUAUUGAAAAAGCACGGAAAAACGUAAAUGAAUUGGCUGAAAAUUUGCACGUGAAUGUUUUACAUUUCCAAGACUAUGGCAAAGGUUUCCUGAAACAGCAAAAACUCAGUCCGGACAGCUACAUACAAAUCGCUUUGCAAUAUGCCUACUACAAACUACAUAAAGUACCAGCUGCGCAAUAUGAGUCUGCACAUUUGCGUAUUUACAUCAAUGGACGCACCGAGACCAUACGCUCUUGCUCCAAUGAAUCCGUCGCCUUUGCCAAAGCCAUGUUGGACGAAUGCGCCGAUAAUAAGAAACGUGUCGAGCUGUUGCGUGCCGCUAUAAACGGUCAUCGCGCUUACACCACGAAUGCGUUGCAGGGUAAGGGUGUGGAUCGGCAUUUGUUGGGCUUGAAACUGAUGGCUAUUGAGAAUAAGAAACCAAUACCGGAAUUUUUCAUCCCUGGUUAUGUGAAGAGUUUAAUCUUUCGUGUGUCGACCUCACAAGUGGCCACACCUAAUUUGGCUUUCAUGGCUUAUGGUCCAGCUGCGGACGAUGGUUAUGCUUUUGCUGCCAAAUCCACGUGA